AUGUCAAUCGCCGACGAGUCCGGUAAAAGCUUCAAGGAGGAGCUCCGAGCAGGAAAGCCGAAGAUGGGCCUUUUCCUGAACUCGAGCUCUCCCACCGUGGCGGAGCAGCUCUCCUGUGCUGGCUACGAUUGGCUCCUGGUGGACAUGCAGCAUGGCCCCAUGGAUACGAUGAUCCUCUCCUCCAUGCUCUGUGCCAUUCACAGCGGAGGGGCCAAGUCCAUGGUGCGAGUGGCUGGUGCCCAUGACAGGGGAGGCAUCCAGCAGGCUUUGGACCUGGGUGCUGAUGGUAUCUUGGUGCCUUAUAUCAACACCGCCGAAGAGGCAAAGCAAGCUGUCUCCUGUUGCAAGUACCCGACAGAAGGAACUCGCUCUGUCUAUUUUCCCCAGCGCAGCACUAACAAGAAGGGUUUGCUGGGAUAUGUUGGCAACGCAAACGCCAAUGUCACCGUGGCACUGCAGGUGGAAACGCAUGAUUGCAUUAAGAACAUCGACGCUAUUGCUGCUGUUCAGGGUGUGGACAUUCUCUUCUUAGGACAGAACGACCUCUGCAUGAGCGCAGGCCUCUAUGAGAAGUACGAGUUUCCGAAGAUGUACACAUCUCCUGAGUUGGAUGACAUGACCACCAAGCUCAUGGAAGCUGCUAAGAAGAACAACGUCGUUCUUGGCGUCUUCCUUUUCGGUACCGACCGCGUUGAGGAGUUCUUGAAGAAGGGCUUCCCAUUCAUUUCCAUCGGCAACGACCUCCACCAUGUCAUGACGCAGGCAGAUGCUCACAUGGAAGCUUUGGGCAAGGCAGCCUCCAGCACGCAGCCAUGGAAGAAGCGCCAGCUCGCAUAG